UUCUCAUGAGCUAAUAAAAUACGACAGGAUAAAAAAUCUGUUAUCAAAAAAGAGAAGGUACCUUAAAAAAAAACUUCAUUCUAUCAUCUUUUCUGUCGUGCCUGUUUAUUGUUCAAGGAUUGUGGUGGACGUGCGACAGUUAUCUGGAAGGUAUUUUCAAGAUCGCUUCAAUCAUCAUGUCUAAAGAAGGACUUAUGGAGAAUGCCGCUCAGACGACGUUUGUGCCAUCUGCACCGCCAACAUAUCAAGAAGCGAUGAUGCAAGCCGGUGGAGUUGGUUUUGUACCACCACCUGGGCCUCAUAUGAUGGCUUCUCAACCAGAGCCAAUGCCAAUGCCCAUGCCUCAAAUGUCUCCUCACGGAAUGCCACUAACAAACCCCUAUCCAGUUCAAACUGUCCCCCAACAACCUCCUGCUGGGUACGCUGCUGCUCCUCCCACUACAAUUGUGUUCACCAGCUUGGGUCGUGAUAGGUCCUACACGAUGUGCCAUCACUGCAAUGCUCAAGUAAUGACGGAGACAACGGAGUCACACAAGUGCCUGGCUCAUUUUUUUUGCUGCAUUCUAAUGUUUUCGUGCCCCUGUUGCUGUUGUCUCCCAUAUUGCAUGGAUUCCUGCAAAGUUGUGAAGCAUACUUGCCCCAACUGCCAUGAAGAGCUGGGAACCUACAGACCAUAGGAGCCUUGAUUUUAACUUAAGAUGACAAAAUGCUUUUUUUUUUUUUAAAUAUGUGUGGUGGUUUACUGUGCAUUGUAUCCUGCCAACUUUUUACUGCUAUUGUUGAACAUUUGGUAAAUUAGGCAUAAUUAUUGUGUCAUAUCUUCCUAUUUUUACAAGUGGUAUUAUUCCAAUGUUUUAUAAGUGUUAAUCAAAAUCUGUUAAAGCAAGAUUUACACUUCGUGUGGAGAUGUUAGCUAUUGAUAUUUUGUGCAGCUUUUUAUCCCUCUUUAAGUGUUGAUUAGGUAUACUUCCUAUUUUUUUCUUCCUUUCUAAUGUUUGCUCAAAUUUCUGCAUUGUUCCUACAAAUUGUUAUAGAAUUGCAUUUAUCCUCUUAGGUUUUAUAUAAUCAUGCUUUGCAUGCACCCGGAAUGAUCUGUCCCAUGAUGGGACUAUUUUUUAAUCUCUUACUGUUCAGCUGUGAUAUAGGGCAAAAUUUUGUGGUCGAAGUUUUGGGGGAAUUGGUUGGUACUUUCUCCCCUUUGCUAAUUUUGUUGACUUCUCUUUUCGCAUAAAAAUAGACAGUCCUCUAUUAUAACUGGUUUGUGUUUCUUCAAAAUAAGAUUUAACGUGUUUAAGAUAUAUUUUUGACUUGAAUUGGCAUAUUUGAGAUUAGCAUAAUCAAAUUGCCACAUUUACACAUUAGUUUGCAGUAAUUUUGGUAACUGAACUCUGUGUUUUCAUUCCAUUCGAUGAGGAUAGAAUCUGCUACAACUUGUCCAUGUGGUCAGUGGAAAGGGACUGGUUUUACAAUUUAUCUCCCCUCUGUAAUUUAAGUGAUAUCAAAAGUCCUCUUCUACUUAUAACAUACCUUUAAGUAAUACUCAGGAUUACAUGGGUUAUUUUGGGAACAAUCAAUUGUGAUGAAUAUUCAAUAUUAUAUUAUAUAUGAAAUGCUGUACUGUAAAGAUUACAGUUAGUUGGAAACAACAAAUCUUCACAAAUCAUGAGAGUCUACAAUGAAAGAUGUUGUAAUUUCACUGUUUGAUGUUUAUUUAAUAAAAUUCUCCAUGUUUUAAAUGUGAA